AGUCAGGGAGCGAGCAGCCCGGGGUUCUGGUGGUUGCCGAGGUGGGAAGAAGGGCCCGGCGCGGGGGAGGACUGUCCAAGCUGAACUUCUCGUGAGGAAGUGGGGCUGCCGGGCGGGCCUAGCUGCUGGCGAAGGACUCAAACGUAACCGUUCCCCUGGGGGGGGCCGGUCCCUGACUCCCGGACUCUUCCGCUCUUCGCCGUAACUUUGAGGUGUGGCAGGGUUAGUGGCCGGCGCGUACCCGUGAUCGGGGCGUGCGGGAGGUUUGUGGCCAGAGGGGGUUAUAGUCUUCCUCGCGGUGACUGGGGUAACAAAACACAUGUCUGUAAUCCGGAUUAUCCGCGGUGACUUGGGGCCUCCUCCACUGCCCGUGUAAGUUAAAGGCCUGUUCUUUCAAACUUCCUCCUCUUCCACCUUGCUCUGCAAUCAUUUUGCCAGCCAAGCCCAUUCUGGGAGGGAGUUAGAGCCACAAACUUGCUGGUAAGGUUGAAAGACUGUGUAAGACUCUUGUUAAAGUAAGUACGUAAGAGAAAAGAUUUUGUGAAUUGCUAGAGUGUGGGUUAAGUCCCAGAGCCUCACUAUGUCAGGGAAACGGAAGCGUGUGGUGUUGACUAUUAAAGAUAAGCUUGACAUAAUAAAGAAACUUGAGGAUGGAGGUUCUUCUAAACAACUGGCAGUGAUUUAUGGAAUUGGUGAAACAACAGUUCGAGAUAUAAGAAAAAAUAAGGAAAAAAUUAUAACUUAUGCAAGCAGUUCUGAUUCCACAAGUCUUCUGGCCAAGAGGAAAUCUAUGAAGCCAUCCAUGUAUGAGGAACUGGAUAGAGCUAUGUUGGAGUGGUUCAACCAGCAAAGAGCCAAAGGGAAUCCCAUAUCUGGACCAAUUUGUGCUAAAAGAGCAGAGUUCUUCUUUUAUGCUUUGGGUAUGGAUGGUGAUUUUAACCCCUCUGCUGGUUGGUUAACCCGUUUUAAGCAGCGACAUAGCAUUCGAGAGAUUAAUAUUAGAAAUGAAAGAUUAAAUGGAGAUGAGACUGCUGUGGAAGAUUUUUGUAAAAAUUUUCGAGAUUUUAUUGAACAAGAGAAUUUACAGCCUGAACAAAUCUACAAUGCAGAUGAAACUGGGCUCUUUUGGAAAUGUCUACCUUCUAGGACUUCAUUACUCAAAGGUAAAUGCACUGUCCCUGGGUACAAAUUAAUUGAAGAAAGAGUCACUGUCAUGUGUUGUGCCAAUGCGACAGGUUUACACAAACUUAAACUUUGUGUUGUGGGGAAAGCAAAGAAACCUCGCUCCUUUAAGUCAACUGAUACCUUAAACCUGCCGGUGUCUUAUUUCAGCCAAAAAGGUGCAUGGAUGGAUCUUUCCAUUUUCCGGCAAUGGUUUGAUAAGAUUUUUGUGCCACAAGUUCGGGAGUACUUAAGAUCCAAAGGUUUGCAAGAAAAGGCUGUGCUCUUGUUGGAUAAUUCACCAACACAUCCAAAUGAAAAUGUCUUGAGGUCAGAUGAUGGACAAAUAUUUGCUAAAUAUUUGCCACCUAAUGUGGCUUCAUUGAUUCAGCCCUCGGAUCAGGGAGUCAUAGCAAUGAUGAAGAGAAACUAUCGUGCAGGUCUUCUUCAGAAUAACUUGGAAGAAGGUAAUGACUUGAAAUCAUUCUGGAAGAAGUUAACUCUCUUGGAUGCACUUUAUGAAAUAGCAGUGGCAUGGAACUUAGUAAAACCAGUUACUAUUAGCAGAGCAUGGAAGAAGAUUCUCCCUAUAAUAGAAGAGAAAGAAAGCUUGGACUUUGAUGAAGAAGAUAUUUCAGUUGCUACUGUGGCCACCAUUUUACAACACACCAAAGGAUUAGAAAAUGUUACUACUGAGAACAUUGAAAAAUGGCUUGAAGUAGACAGUACUGAACCAGGCUAUGAAGUGUUAACUGACAGCGAAAUCAUUAGAAGAGCACAAGGCCAGACAGAUGAAUCCAGUGAAAAUGAGGAGGAGGAAAUAGAACUGAUUCCAGAGAAACAUAUUAAUCAUGCAGCUGCUCUCCAAUGGACUGAAAAUUUACUAGAUUAUCUAGAACAACAAGGUGAUAUGAUUCUACCUGACAGACUGGUAAUACGUAAACUUAGAGCUACCAUCAGAAAUAAACAGAAGAUGACAAACUCAAGUCAAUAAUGGCAUUUCAGUUUUAUCAUUGUCCUAGUGAUUGCAAUAUGGCUUAAUUUUCUCUACUUCCUUUUCACACAUCCUAUGAAAUAGAUAAAAAAAUUAAUCUGAAGGGUUUUAGGAUUAUGUUUUCAUCAUCUGUGUCUUUUGUCCCUUUGUGCAGCUGAUCAGAAGCUGAGUCCACAUAGAUAUAAUUUAUGUGUACCCAUGUAUUCAAUUUGUAAAUCUGCAAUUACUCAUUUUAUAGCAGUGGCAUUCCUUAUGUUUUCUAGCAAAUGUUGAAGUUACCAGAUUGAGCACUUUCCCAAAAUCUCUUGCUUGAUUUAUGAGGGCUGUCAUAGUAAUCUUUUUCUUAUGCUAACCAUCUUAAAUGAUUGUUCUGUAUAUUUGUAUAAGCUGACAGGAUAAGAAAGAUCUAUAUUGUUAGAUGUCAGAAUGAUAUAAAUUAAAAAAUGAAAUUCAGUAAUGAUGGGGCAAUAAUCUAUGAAUUAGAAAAAUAAUUUAGAAACAUACUUGUGUGGGUUCAAAGAGGAGAAAAUUAUUCUGGAAAUGAAAUAAAUAAAGGAAAUGAUUGCUGAAUGAGCGACAAACUAUUGGAAAGCUGAUAUAUAAAAGGAACAUUGUGAUCAAUUCAUUUGUAGGAAAUGGAAUUAAAAAUUGGGAAAUUUAGAGGGACAGGAAAUAAAAAGGCUUAUUUUAAUUUGCUUUUUAAAUUAUGUUAUGAAUUGAAUAACAAUAUAGAUUCAUUAUUUAUUCAUGUAAUUAUAGGUUAUGUAAUAUUA